AGCAUCAGUCUCUGCUCCCAGUCUCCUCUCAUCCUUUGUGCCUUUCAUCCAAUCAGCGCUCAGAUUCGGCGUACUGACAGCUCAUUGGCUGGGAAGGAGGAAGACGCGAAGACAGAGAACUGGAUACUUUGCAGGCAACCUCUUCUGCGGCUAAUGACAUGAAUAUUUCCUUAUUUCGUUAAUAUAGUCAGAGUUAGUGCUGCAUAUCAUUUCCCAUUGGCUGUUCUUUGAAUAUUGUGUGUUUGUUUUGACUGUUUUGUGUUUGAAUGGACGUCUGCAAAUGAUGUCGGGCCUGUGGUGCCGCUCAGCCACUGAAUUGAGCCUCCCACGGUGCAACUGAGCUGUUGCGAGUCUGAAGGUGUUGCUGUCUGAAUGAUGAUUAAGCGAUGUCUGAUGUUGAGGUCACGUACGCCGACUUCAUCGCCUCUGGCAGGACAGGACGUAGGAAUGCUCUCCACGACAUCCUGCAGAGUCCUACGGACCCUGAAGGCCGAGAGCUGCCCCUUACCCUGUCCCUCUCCCAACUUCACAUCAAUGCAGGAGGCGGAGAUGCAAACGACGCUGAUGACAUCCAAAGCUCAUUCUCCUCGGCUCAAAGAGAGGCGGCGCAAAAGAACAGCUAACCUGCCGCAGUCACUCGCCGGUGAACAGAACAUUGCUGGAUUGAUUCCCGGCCUUGUUGGGUCCAAAGCCUCUCUUGACGCCUGGCAGGUAGCUGGAGGCUAACAGAAUAUUGAUGCAUUCGCAUUAUCAAUACUACUGAUGAGACUAGUUAGUAGCAAGUCACUCUAAAACCUAAAAUCCAGUGUGGAGGCAAUGAACUGGAAUAUGCGCUUUGCUCUCACACCUUCUGUGCACUACAACAACAGACUUCACAGCAAGUGCUUUAGAGUUCAAGUGAAAUGAGAGGAAGUUGUGUUUUUCUUCAUUGAAUGAAUUAAGUGCAGUGCUAAAACACUGAUUGGGGUGAAUGGAAAAGAGAGCCUCUGUUGCUUUUGUAGUUGUGCAAGCAAUUUGUGAGCCCACUGAGACGUGUUAAUGUAAUGGGUCGCAGUGGAGCUAGCAUGUGUAUAGAGGUAGUGAUGCUGAUGGGGAUUAUAUUGCUAGUUAAUGGCGUGUGCUUCCUUGAAAUUGACAAUACUGUUCUGAAAAUUGGACCAGAUGUAAGCAGGGCUGGAAACACCUAGAAUCUUGUCCACUGUUGCGUGACUAAAUUGGACUGUCAUAUCCUCUCAUUUAUGUGGUAAAUCUAGUUCGAAUCAUGUAACUAAAACUCAAACCAGUUCAAAUGUGAAUCGUCACUAGUGGAAUAUAUCACAUCACAAACAAAAGCCAAGCUAUCGUAUAUAAAACGGUUACAUUGACUUGUUCUUUUCAUUGUUUUUUUUU